AUGAUUCUGCUGAAACGAACACUGGAUGUACAUCCCGCAACCGGCUGCUGCGGAAAGCUGAAAGCUUUUCGACUUUCGGCAGAUAGAAGCCCUGUUGUUCACUUGUACGAUGGUGCAUUUUACAUAGAGAAAAUGGUGAAUGCCUUUACAUUUUUUGCCGUAGCAAUUGUUUGCAAGGUGUCGGCUGUUGGUGCAGAUAGCCCCAAAGUACAGGCGGGCAUGGUGGUUGGGAAACUACGCGUGGCACCGGCGAGCGGAAGAAAUGCGAUGAUUGGUAUUGGGAACGAUCCAGACCAGUUCCAAAUCGGCAUUGAUGGAUCAGGGGAGUUUAUUAUUGCAAGCCCGCGGAAAACGAUAUUGAGUGUCGACAACGAAGACACCAUGCGUAUCUAUGCCAACCUGACAACUAGGGAUAUCGAUGCUGGGAGGCUAUGGAAAGUUCGCUAA